AUGGAGGAUCUUCCAAAAGAGUUGGUGAUUCCAACCCCGUUACAUCUGCCGGUAGAAGAUCUUGUCCGAUGCAAAAGCGUUUGCAAGGCACUAUACUCCAUUAUUACGAGUCGCCCAUUUAUUGAUGUAGGCCAGAAGAUAAGGAAUUCUUAUACUCUUGUCAAAUAUGAGGAGGAUCCUUUUAAUCGCCAUCAUGCAAUCUCUUUACUUUCUGAUGAAACCCUUGAAAUCAUUGAUACCCAACCAGUAUUAUCCCAUACUCCAUUAUUGGAUUCAAUGUUGACUCGUUAUAGAGAUUAUGUCAUCGUAGUGGGCUGUUGUAAUGGUGUGGUAUGUCUUAGGUGCAUACCACCACAUGAUGAGUAUGUCCUGUGGAACCCUGCAACAAGAGAAGCAAAAAUUAUUCCAGAUGGAUUAUACAAAAGCAAUCCAGAUAAGAACAUGUUUCGACAUCAAAAUAUGGGUUACGGUGGUGAAAUGUUUUCGGGGUUGGUAUGGAAUGAAAAGUAUGGAGAACAUGUUAUUUCAUUUGACAUAAGCGAUGAGGUAUUCGUAACAACACCUUUGCCUCUUGCUUGUAUAAUUGAAAGUCAUGAUUGUAGGAAUAGACUUAUGUUUCAUAAUAAAUCCCUUGCUCUUGAUCAUUGUGUUAAAGAUAGAAAUAAUGAUACAGAGACCCAUAACAUAUGGGUAUUAGGUGAAUAUGGUGUCAAGGAGUCAUGGACUAAUCUAUUUAAUGCUGGACUUUUUGAACCCCGUACUAAGAGUAUAAGUGGAUUUUGGAACAACAAUAAGGUUCUUCUCCAAGUAAACGGAGGUGGAUGUCGUCAUCAUCUGAUUUUGGUUGAUCCUUCCAACCGAAAAAUUAAAGAUUUGGAUAUUCACUGGACAUUAAUGCAGCUCUUUCACUACCAAGAAAGUCUAGUGCAAAUUAUCGCAACUCCUCCUAUCAACUUAUUUUAA